AUGGAGAAUCAAACCACGCCAACUGAAUUCAUCCUUCUUGGAUUUCAUAAUAUUCAGGGGUUACAUUUGCUUCUGUCUUGGGUUAUCUCCAUCAUCUACAUCUUCACCAUCUUGGGGAACAUGCUCAUCAUCUUCCUCUCCUUGGUGGAACCAUGUCUCCAAACCCCAAUGUACUUCUUCCUGGGAAACCUCUCCCUCCUAGACAUCUGCCAGACCACCACCACUGUCCCCCAGAUGCUGGUGCACCUCGUCUCAGGCAGGAGCAGUAUCUCCUAUGCAAGGUGUGCAACACAACUCUACUUCGUCGUCUUUUUUGUGGGUGCUGAGUGCAUCUUGCUGGCCAUCAUGGCAUACGACCGCUACAUGGCCAUAUGCAAACCCCUGCGCUACACGCUGCUCAUGAACAGGAAGUUUUGUGUUCUGCUGGUGUCAGUCUCCUGGCUUAGUGGUGCACUCAAUGCAGCCUUGCACACGUUCCUCACUAUCCACCUGCCCUUCUGUGAGGCCAACAGGGUCAACUACUUCUACUGUGAUAUCCCACCACUGCUGGCUCUUUCCUGUGGAGACAUCUCAUUCAAUGUCACCAUGAUACUGGUCUCCAGCAUCUUCUUGGGGUGGAGCCCCACCCUGUGCAUUGGACUUUCAUAUGGAUACAUUGUUUCAAGGAUACUGAAGAUGCAUUCCCCUGAGGGGAGGAGCAAGGCCUUCUCCACCUGUGUGUCGCAUCUCACUGCAGUCCUGCUCUACUAUGGGAGUAGUAUCUUCACCUAUGUCAGACCCCUCUCUAGCUACUCCCUGGAUAAUGACAAGUUAAUCUCUCUGCUAUACAACAUCGUCACCCCCAUGUUAAACCCAUUGAUCUAUACUCUGAGGAACAAGGAUGUGAAGAGAGCCAUGAAAAAGGUCCUUGUGAGGAAAAUGUUCUUCUAA